AUGGUCCGAGCCAAGCGCCAAAACACUCAGCCUUUGGAGGAUUCCUCUGUGGCCCCCGAAACCUUCACCGACGGCCUCCCUCUACCAAAAUUGAUCGCUUUCGACCUGGACUACACCUUGUGGCCGUUCUGGGUUGACACACAUGUCAGCGCCCCUAUCAAGCCACGGGACAACAACUCCCGUGCCGUUGACAGAUGGGGAGAGUCCUUCGCCUUCUACCCGGCAGUUUCGUCGAUAGUCUACGCCUGCAAACAUCGCUUGAUUCCACUGGCCCUUGCAUCUCGAACCCACGCCCCUGAUCUAGCGCGCGACAUGCUCAAAUCCCUACAUAUCAUCCCCACCUUCUCAGAUAACCCCGCCGCGAACGCUAAGACCAUCCGCGCCCUCGAUUACUUUGAUUUUAUCCAGAUCUACCCGGGAAAUAAGACAUCGCAUUUCUCGAAGAUUCAGCAGACAAGUACUGUUGCCUAUGAGGAUAUGCUGUUCUUCGAUGAUGAGGCGCGGAACCGGAACGUGGAGACAGAGUUGGGUGUCACAUUUUGCUUGGUGCGCGAUGGGAUGACCAGAGAUGAGGUCGACCGGGGCGUUCGAGCUUGGAGGAAGCGUAACGGUAUCAAGCCAGAGACUGCGGAGGAACCAUGA